CUUCCCUUUAAAAUAUAAUUUUAGCCAGUGUUAAAAGUUUCAAAGAGCAAAUAAUUCAAAGACAUUGGGGUUACUUUAGCAGUACUGUUGGAUAUAAUGAACAAAACACUGGAAUGCUUUUACUUGCUUUGUGUUUUAGCAAACAAUUUUCAUGAGAAAAUCCCGGCCUCUGACAUGUGUUUAUCUGUUUUUCUCCCCGUACAGGAGAGAUGGAGAACUUUAUCUUGUAUGAAGAGCUCGGGGCAGGACAGAGCUCUGUUGUCUAUAAAGGAAGGAAAAAGGGCACCCUGAACUUUGUAGCCAUCCUUUGCACAGACAAAGCCAAGAAAGUGGAAAUCACUAACCAUGUACGACUCAGUCAGGAUUUGGAUCAUCCAAAUAUAGUCUGCUUUUAUGAAUGGUACGAGACAAGUAACCACCUCUGGUUGGUGGUUGAACUUUGUACAGGGGGUUCCCUGGAGUCUGUUGUUGCUCACGAUGGACGUUUGUCAGAAGAUGUUGUGAGAAGGUUUGGAUGGGACUUGGCCAAAGCGUUGAAACACAUCCAUGAAUUGGGAAUCAUCUCGUCUGACCUAACUCCUGCUAAGAUCCUUCUUGAUGGUAGUGGCAUUUUGAAGUUGAGUAACUUCCGCCUGUCCAAAGCUGAAGAAGAGAAACUGGAGGAGAUAUUUACGUCCUUGUCUACAUGUGAGGAAGAAGAGGAAAGCAGUGACAGCUUUGAAAACAUGAAGGAAAAAGUACAAGGUUCUCUGAUGUACAGUGCUCCAGAGAUUUUGCAGGGAUCAGAAACCAGUGUGAAGUCUGACCUUUGGGCUUUUGGUUGUAUUCUCUACUACAUGCAUAUGGGUAAACCUCCAUUCUGUUGUGACAACCACACUGAUCUGAAAGAAAUGAUUCUGCAUCAGGAACCACCUCCUCUCAGAGAAACAACAGGUCCUCCCAGUCAAGACCUCCAGACUCUUGUGAAAGGCUUGCUUAACAAAAACCCAGACAACAGAAUCAACUGGCCAGAGCUGUUGGAUCACCCAUUCUGGACACAAGUAAUAAAGGAGGAAGAUGAUGCAAAAGUUCGUGAGGAAAACAAUAAACACAGUGAAACGGGAGGAAGAAAUGGCUGUGAGGGACAUGGCUCUGUUAACUUGAGGAGUGGGCUGACAUACAGAAUAUCCACAAGCCACACAGUCGUCACCCAGCCAGGCUACAUCAAGUCAAAGAAGCUCAUCUCUUCAAAUGUAACAAAUGAAACAACUAAGAGGCCGUGUGAGAGAGAAACUGAGGACCAACAAGUUGUUAAAAAUACAUUCAGAGGAGCAUUAAAGAACAGUUGGUUCCUGCAGAAGGAGGCAUUAGGUGAACGAACAGGAGAGGAGAAAUUAAAGACUGAAGAAGAAGAUGAUGAUGAACUAACUGAAGUGAAGCAGGAAGGUCCCACACUGCACCAUAAUAAGUCUUAUAGAUCAGAUAAUGUAUUGGAGCUCAGGCCAAAAUGCUGGGAGGAUCAGGACAAUACAGAGGCCCUCUUCCUGCUUAGUUGCCAUUCCAACCCAAGAAGCAGUCACAGCUUUUCAGGCUCUCCAAGCAAGAACCCUGCAGUUGAGGUGAACACUUGUCCGGACAUUACAAACUGUGUAAAGCAGCUUCUCCAUGUUGACUCCGAUCUGAAUAUCACCCACAUCAUUGACAACCCAAAGAUUCUGAAGACUCCUCCUGUUCGGUUUGAUCCCAAAACCCUCUGUGUACCCGCACAUUCAGCUGAGAAGCUGCUCUCUCUGAAUGAUGAGGAAUGGACUGCCUUUGUGUUACAACUCCAGUCAUGCCUUGAAGAGCAGAACUCUUCCACGUCUCUCCCCUCCUCUAAUGCUCCUCCUCAGUCUACAGCUGUUCGAUCUAUGCUCAACCUGCUCUGCUACCUCUGCUGUGUGGUUGGGAAUAAAGUUAUCGCCAACAGACUGAUGAACUCAACUCUGCUUCGUGUGCUGACCCAGCAGUUACGACAAGCUCCAAACUGGGAUGUACGGAUGAAAGUUCUCAGAGUGAUGGGUCUUCUGGCUUUGCACUGUACUCACCUUGAAGAGGACAGUCCUGUUUCUGAGGCUGUUUCAUUGCUGUUGGACCUGCUGAGGGAAAAUCUCAGGAAUAAUAAACUGAAGCAGUUGGUGCUUCCACCACUUGGGGAGCUUCUCUACCUCAUUUCAUCUCAGGAGGAGAAGAGAGACUCCCCAGAGGGACUAUGGUUCGUUCCCGCUGCCGCCUACACUGGCUUAAUGAGGAGCCUGCGGGAAGGGGAUGAUGCUGUAGUUCAUCAUAUGGCUGCAAAAGCCGUAGAGAACAUCUCUACAACCACAUCUGGCCUCUCCCAUCACCUGGCCACCACAGAGUUCGGCUCUGCCCUGUGGUACCUGUUCACCCACUCCACUGUGGAGGCUGUCAGAGUCACUGCCAUCUCUUCUCUUUCAAGGCUAACCCGGUUGGACCCGGCAGUCUUCUUGUCAGUGAUUGACACCUGUGGCCCCGCAGCCAUCUUGGAGGGUGUAGGUGGAGCAGGGGCCAGGGUGCAGCAGCACCUGCUCAUUGCUGUGGCCGCAGCCUUACUCGCUUCACACAUCCUAACACAUCACAUCACACAGAACCGGGAUUCGGUGUUGAAGGUGCUGCGCUGUUUAGAGAGCCCAUCUACUGCAACAAGAGCCAAAGCAUUACUGCYGCUGCUGCUGCUGAUACAGAACAACACACACACACUGCUUUACUGCUGUCAGCACAGACUUGUGAUGUACCUGGAGAGAGACCUGCGCAAAGCAACUCCGCUUAGAGAGAACCCCAGCCAGUCAGGUUACCUGUAUCAGUGUCUUGACUUAAUGCUGGCACAUCUGUGCAGCACUGCACCAAAGAUCUUAGAGGAUGUUCUUUGUGCACUUCGAGGUGUGAUUGGGAGGAGACAUCCAUCGACAACUCAGAGCAGACAGCUUAAACAGACUUUACCAACCGUGUCUGUAGUUCUGGAACUGCUCUCAUCUCAGGUCUUCAGAUCUCGAAUUGUAAACCAUGAGUUUUUGGUUCAGAUUGGAUUGUUGCUGGACUACAUUACAUCUUUAGAGUCCAGUGAAACCAAUUUGUCCGGUGCUGUAGGUGCUGCAAUUUAUGAAGAGCUGAUUAGAACAACUCUGUCCAUUGUGGAGGUCCUGAGUCAGCACCACACGCUCAUCACUCAUUAUCAUUGGACUAUGGUGGAUGCUGUCCUGCCUCCUCUGACAACGCUGGCCUUUAGCAGAAACGCAGAGUGGUCAGCAUUUGUUUUGAAGGUGCUGUCUGAACUUGGCCUGAUUCUGCUGGCCGAAGAUGCUGAGGAAAAUAAGGAAAGGACGAUGGAAAAAGGAGAAAGCAGCAAGACAGAAGGACAGGCAGCAGAAAGAGCCCAACAUGGAAAAUCCCACAGCAAAAUCAUCUCUCUCUUCACUGAAUCUCUGCUUCCAAGGUUUGAAUCUCUUCUUAGUGCACCAGAACCUAUCCCACUCUACGCACUCAAAUUGCUGGUAUCAGUGACUGAACACAGCACUCAGAUCUGCAGUUUGAUCAAGCAUGACAUGAUUCUACAAUCAGUCUUUCAGCUCAUUAUGACCAACAAUGUAACCAGUGGAAUAGUUCAGAAUGCAGUCAUCUUACUGUGUAAUCUUAGUGGAGACACAGUGCUGGAUCUGCAACCACCGCAUCAGCAAGGGCUUGUAGAGGUGGUGCUGAAUACACUCUCAAACUCUUCACUGGUCUACCUGGAUGGAGAGAGGCAUGCUGGGAGAAAAGUCAGCCAUCUUGUGGUUCAAUACCUUUUGGAGCUUCUUUACAACAUCCUAAAACAAACAUCGUCUGUUGUCCGAGCAGCGCUGCAGAGCCAGAGGCUAUCUUGUCCAGCAGCAGAGACGGAGGCAGCAGAAAAACUGCUCGUAGCCAACAGACCCCUGAGUCAACUCAGCACUCACCUGAUUCACAUGCUGUCCAGUGAAAACCAGGAGGUGUGGGAGGAAUCUCUUCAGUGUUUGUUUCUACUGGUACAGCUGUAUGGUGCAGAGGAUCAGGACUGCUUGUCACCUUCGUGCCUUCAAAGCUUCUCACACAUCCUGCGGAUGCACAUGAACACGGAGACCCCUAAAAUUCAACGCACAACACUUAGGAUCAUAAAGCGACUGAUUCAAACUACAGACAGAUCUUGGUUUGACUGUCCUGAAGGGGCGGGGCUAAUUAAUCUGCUGCAGGAAAUUGCUACGUCCAACAGGAGUCAUGCUGAUGUGACACCACUGGCUGAAGACAUUCUUCAGAUCUCUGGAUCCUAACAGCUCUUCAUCUCCAACUCUGCAGAUAACCAAAGAUGGACCAACAUUUAAGAGUUUGUUUGUUUUCUUGUUUUUAAAUAGCCAGGUGUUGAUUUUGGAUGAAGUCUUUUGACAUUAGUUAUAUGCAAGUCUUCUUAAACUAGAAGAUAAUUGUUAGAAACUGAACUGAAAACAAAUGUACAGUACUUGCAAGCUGGUGUUCCUAAAAUAAACGGUCAGUUUCAAACUUCAGCCACACUCCUUAAGAUGUUUGUAAAUGAUGCCGUUACAGAAUUUACUCAUGCCUCUAAUUGACUCCCGUCAGCUCCAAAUCAAAUCAAUGACAGUGAAGAAUAUUGAUGUUAUUUGACAGCACAUUCGAAACACCCAGCCAGUGUUCAGCAGACUGCGCAGGAUUACAGGAGCAAUCAUUUGGACUGUCACAUGCAUCACAGCACUCGACUUGGAGCCUGCUCACGUUUCCAGUCGGCUUUAAUGAGAAUAUUGACUCAUUACAAGAUCCAUUAAUGCGUGAGAGACGGUCAGCAAAGAUCACGUUACCAUUGUUCCCUGCAUGUUUGCUAGGUUUAUUACAUGUAUCUGGUAGGUUUUAAUUUAUUUGAAUAUUUUUGACUUGAGUCAUAAAAACAUGUUUAAUUGUCUUAAAUGGGAACUCCUGACUAAAUGUGUUUGAUUAAAAAACAUAAGACCAUGUGAAGAUUUGUAACACAGGACAUGUAAUGCAGGCAAAACUGUCAGUGAUAUAAACUUUGUCCUAUUUUGGGAUAAUUGCUUCAAACUAUUCUAAACAUUUGUUUUCUACACCUGACCAAACUAAACUCUGACCUGAUGAAUCAGUUGUAGUUUUAAAAUGAGACAGACAUGGAGGUGAAAUGACAGUCCAUUUUAUUGUUUCAGAACACAGCAGGCUACAGCAACCAGCGCCUCUCACUACUUCACCCCUUAGUAACAGCAGACCAAUAGGAGCACGUCUCCACCCGUCCUUUCAGACACUCCCACCCACCUCGGUCAGCUAACCCACCCUUUGGAACAGCAGAGACAUUCGUCUCCUCCUUUAAAGCAAGAAAAUAGCUCAAUAUUUGGGUCAUGAUUUCCAAUUCAUGUUUUUUUUUAUACAAAAGCUACACAAUGUUACACUUGAUCAUCAGAAUACAAUUCAACUGAUUACCUUUAGUGUUUGGACACCAUUUAAAAUCGCAUCCAAUUCUUUCCUUGGAUGAAGCAUCACCACUUAAAAAAAGAAAAAGGCUUAACACUACAGGAGACUUAAAAUCCAAGGACUUAGAAAAACAAGAAAAUGAGUAUCAUUAUGCAGAAAAAUGGAGGGGAAAAGCAAGCUAGAUUCAGUUUGUACCAUUACAGAUUGAAACAAAAACAAAAUCAAAAAAAGGAAAAAA